UGUACCCACUCCCAUCGUGGCGGUUGUCCAUGAUCUACUGAGCGAAGGCAAUGGAGGAUCUGUCGUCUCUGCAGAAACGAAGACCUUGGAUGGGGCACCGUCCAUCGAGGCUGUCGUAACCGCAGAGAAAAUGCCCCAGUCCGCUGCACCUCCCGUUGUUGCGGCCAUGAUUGAUCUCAACUUUGGCGCUCCGCAAUCCUCAGGCGCGGAUGAGGACGAUUUCCAAGAUCUUUUCGGUGAUCUGUCUAGCGACGAUUGAGUCGGUACAACGCAUCUUUGCCCUCAUCCUUUCUAUCAUAUGUCUCGGUUCACCCCGUCCAUUCCCAUUCGCGUCCGUACAUACAACCUUUUCAUCGUAUGUCUGUUUUCUUAGUGUUGUUCACUCCAUCCAUCUCCACUCGCGUCCGUACUACCUGUACUUCAUUUGCUACCUCGUCUGGCAUCUAGAUACCCUGAUACCCAACAAUUUGAUACCCACUUACCAUCCUCUGUGAUGACUUCACGGUCACGACGACUGGGUCUCGCUGAACUGCGUCGCAGAAGGUUACAAUCCUGUUCGCUUGAUGUCUCGCGUUUGGUCCGCGUGGCUCACGGCUUCCUGU